AUGUCAUCCGAUAAUUUAUCAAUCCCCAUUACAAAAUUACAAUGGGGUCUACGAGGAUCUCAAAUUUUUUUCGCAUUUCUUUCGAUGGCAUGUAUUGCUGCUGUCAUAGCCUUUGAUAAUAAAUUUAUGUCUGGUUCUUUAUUUUCAGUUGCCCACAUUUUUAUCAUGAUUGUUUCAAUGUUUUUUGCGGCUUUAAUUGUUGGUAUCCCACAUAUUUAUUUAGAAUAUGGCAAAUGCAAAUCUACUGCCAGAGCAUUAAGGGUUCCUAGGACUGAAUUUGUUUUAACAGCAAUUUGGGGUGUCCUAAUAUUCAUAGUUUCUGUAGCAUUGACUAUCGAA